AAAUGGCCCGGCUACAGCAUGGAAAACCCAACCAUUUGCUGACCAAAGCUUGUGGAAUUAAGAUGUAAAUGGCCACUGAGAAUGAACCAUCUAUGUGACAGAGAUGUUCAUCCCAUCAUCAUAUGGCUGAAAAGUUAUUCACACCAAGCCGUCGCUCUCAUAACAUAAUGAAACAAUCACCACUCUUGCUUGCAAGUCUUUCACCACAGUGCCCAACCAUUCCGCACUCCCCAGUGCCUUUUAGAUUGGUGGAGUUGAAAAUUUGCAUCCUUGCACAUCCCACUGAGCAAAAUGGCUUCAUAGUAGUAUUAGUAUGUGUCUGCUGACUCUGCUCCAAAGCUAAUGCAAGGUCCAAAUCUCUGUAAUCUGUAUCUUACCCAAAUUCGAAAUGAUGAAUGAUGCAUAGUCUGCUUAACGCUGAUGCUUUGAGCUCACAAGAGUAGUUUUCUUUUAUGCUUUUGUCUUCUUGGAUGGGCAGAAAACUAGGAUUUGAACACACUACUGCUAAUUCUUGAAUACAUCAUACGGAUUUCAGAUACAGAUAUUAUUGUCAGAUUAAGCAGUUUUCUGUAGAAAUGAUCACUACUGUUGCUGGAAUAUAAUGCUCUAGUUAAAAGGCUCUUGCUUUUUCAGUCAGAUGAAUUUACUCACAACGGAAUUGUUACUACUAGAUCUUUAUGACCAGAAAGAACAGUAGUAGUAUCUGAAUAGAUAGAGUGAUGAAAGAACUGUCGCUUCACUCCCAUCUUCAUCCUUCUCUGCCCCUAUUGAGCCAUUGUACAUUCCAAAGUGAAGCGCACAAUCUCGCAAAGAAGCAUUUUAUUAUCAUAUUUGUGAUUCCUUCCACGUAGAAUAGAAUAGAAUACAAGCGAAAAGGUUAAAUUUUCAACUUUGGCCAAAUUUUCACGGUUUUGGUCUCCUUAGCUAGUGACCAUUCCUUUUGGGGUUUUGUCUUCACCCCAUUCUCUUCACGUGACUCAGGACACUCGACUCCUCUCUCUUCCCUUCCUCGAGACCUCCCCACUUCUCUUCUUGUUCUCACAUCGGUGGUGCCACCACAAACUACCUAUGCAGUCAACCCAAAAGGCCAAAACUAGAUCAAGAUUUAGAUCUUCCUCUCCUCAUUCAUGACUGUGCUUCGCAGUUGGGCUCCACAAUGUCACCCGCGCCACCAUUAAAACCACCAAAGCCACUCUCUCUGCAACCCCGUUCGGCCGCCGCCACCACUAUCUCUCUCUUUCUGCUCUUCCUCCUCCGCCUGCCCUCCUCGACAGCAGCUCAUAUUUGCUCAGAACUUCCCUCCGAAACAGCCAAAUAUUCAUGUCCACCUUUCACUUACGCCCCGUCUUUUCCUUUCUCCUCGCAUCCUGGCUGUGGUCAUCCAUCCUUCCAAGUCAAAUGCUCACUUCCACAUGCCAUCAUUUCCAUCAAUAACCUCACCUUUUCCCUCCUCCACUAUGAGCCCAACUCCCCUUCUCUCGUCCUCUCCCCUGCAACAGUUCCGCCGCCAUCUUCACACUCCAAACAAAAUUGCUCUGUUCAGCAUACUCUGUUUUCCAUCCCCAGCAAACCAAUCUCCCUUGUUGGCACCCCAUUUCGGUUAUCUGACUCGUAUUGCUCUAGACUUUCAGUCGUCAAACCUUGUCCACCUCCAAACCUUCCAAACUGCAGCCAUUGUUCUUGGGAAUGCAAACUUAUCAAGAACCCCGUAAACCUUCUUCCUGAAUGUAGAUCAGAACACCAAGAAGACUCUCAACAGGGAUGCCGAGGUGAUGUUCUGGGAUUUCUUGACAAUUUCUUGAAACUUGGAGUUGAAGUUGAGUGGGAUGAAGACCAAGAUAGCUACUUUACGAGCUGCAAAACCUGCAGGGCUAAAAAUGGCUUUUGUGGGUUCAAUUCUUCGGACCCUGGAAUGCCAUUCCUCUGUUUCAAAUCCCCAGCUGCACAAAUUCGUGAAAAAGGGGCCAACAGGAUUGCAAUCCUGUGCAUUCUUUUGUUGUUUAUGUGUUUCUUGAUCAUAUUUUUUGUUGGUACUGUUAUUUUCCGGUCUAGGCAAAAAGGAUUGGCCUCAGAAGAAGAUCCCACUAUUGUCUUCCUUCGGAGACACCGCUCAGCUAGUCUCCUUCCACCAGUGUUUACUUAUGAGGAGCUCGAGUCUUCCACAAAUCAUUUCGACCCAAAACGCAAAAUUGGCGACGGAGGAUUUGGUUCUGUCUAUUUGGGCCAGCUUAACGAUGGCCGGAGAGUGGCAGUAAAGCAUCUUCACAAGCACAAUUCAGGCAGAGCAGCUGGGGAAAAAGCAUUUUCGACAAAGUCAUUUUGCAAUGAGAUCUUGAUCUUAUCUUCACUCAACCAUCCCAAUUUAGUUAAGCUUCACGGCUAUUGUAGCGAUCCGAGAGGGUUGCUUUUAGUGUAUGAAUAUGUACCAAAUGGUAGUCUCGCGGACCAUCUCCAUGGAGCGACGGAUUUAUAUGCAAAGGGCACGUUACCAUGGAAUCUAAGAGUUGAUAUCGCGCUACAAACUGCAAUGGCCAUCGAAUAUUUGCAUUUCUCAUUAGUGCCACCAAUUGUUCAUAGAGACGUUACCUCAUCAAACAUUUUUGUAGAGAAGGAUAUGAGAGUCAAAGUUGGUGAUUUUGGGCUAUCAAGGCUACUGAUUUGCUCAGAAACCACGACGGAGAGGGAUAAUUCUUCGGGGGGUGUUUGGACUGGUCCACAAGGUACACCAGGAUACUUGGAUCCUGAUUAUCAUAGGUCCUUUUUGUUGAAUGAGAAGAGUGAUAUAUAUAGCUUUGGAGUAGUGUUGUUGGAGUUAAUAACUGGGAUGAGGGCCGUGGACCAGAGGAGGGAAAAGAGGGAAAUGGCACUGGCUGAUUUGGUCGUGUCAAGGAUACAAAUGGGAGUGUUGCAUCAGGUUGUGGACCCUGAUUUGGUCGUAGAUGCUGAGGCAAUGGAGGGUGUUGGUGCUGUUGCGGAGCUGGCUUUUCGAUGUGUGGCAGCAGAUAAGGAUGACAGGCCUGAUGCUAGGGAAGUGGUGGCGGAACUGAGGCGAAUUAGGGGCCGCCCCCGUGUGGUUGCUGGCGGUGGUGCUGGGGUUUUCAGAUCGUCCAACUCCAGUAAUGUUGUUGUUCCAGAUAGUAUUGGAUUAACGAGCUAAAACAAGACACGUGAGCUAUGACUAUUGUGGAGUUGAGAGAUUGAUCAAAUUGUAUUUGUACGUGCACGGGAGGAUAUCUGACUAGAAAAGUAGGCAGACGUUUUGUUUGGUAUUGGUAAAGAUAUUAUUGUUAAUAGAUUAAAUUACUUCCUUUGCUUCGGUAAGAAAAUUUUACCUUCAGAUUAGUGCUAUUUGGCU